AGAGAGGCGUGGAUUCACUACAAGACGUACGCCUGGGGUGAGAACGAGUUGAGGCCCAUCUCCAAGAAGGGACACUCGGCCGGCAUUUUUGGCACAACUAAAUUAGGGGCCACAAUUGUGGACGGAUUGGACACACUAUUCAUUAUGGGAAUGAACGAUGAGUUCAAAGAGGGCAGGGAUUGGGUCGACCAGAACUUGCACUUCGAUAGCAUAAACAGCGAAGUGUCGGUCUUUGAGACGAUAAUCCGUUUCGUCGGCGGUCUUCUCACGUGCUAUGCGUUCACCAAAGACGAGAUGUUUAUCUCUCGGGCCAACGCUAUUGCCUCUAAGAUGUUGCCAGCGUUUGACACACCGACGGGAAUACCACACGCGUUGAUCAACCCGGCGAGCGGUCACAGCAAGAACUAUGUCUGGGCCUCACAGUCCAGCUCUAUAUUAGCAGAAGUGGGAACUCUUCACUUGGAAUUCCAAUACUUGAGUGAUAUUACCGGU